AUGUUUUCAAACUCUGAUAUUUUCUUGAUUGUAGUAUUCAGCGUCGCAAUUGCUAUUUUCGAAAUGCUAACCCGUGGUGGAUCGGGAGAUAAUAAUCUCGAAAAAACUAUCUUAGCAUUAAGUAAUGAGCUUCAAAGAAUGCGUACAGAAGCUGAAUGGAGAAACGAAACAGCAUCUCAAGCAGGAUCUAAUCGAUUCUCUUCCACAAGUCACGUUUCCAUGGGAUAUUAUUCCGAAUAUACGGAUGAAUAUGAAACUUAUUGGGUCGAAUUUACGGCUCUUUUUAAUAAUAGGAGGAAAAAAGAAGGUCGUUCUCCAACACAAUUAUACAAUAUUUUAUCGAUCGAAAUUGGUCUUAGUGCUAGCACAUUAGCUAAUUUUUAUCGACAUCAAAAAUCGCCAAGAAAAACUUCUAUAGAUAAAAUUAUCGAAUGGGUUGAAAAGGAAGGAAAUAAAAAAGUAGUUAGUUGGGAUUUCAGUCACAAUAUACUGGAAAACAUCAUGCAGAGUAAUGCCUUAAGCACGCAUGCAAAAGGAAAUCCUACAGAAUGCUUCCAAACAUCUGACACAGGAAGUAAUGGCCGUAUGCCAGUAGGUAUAUACAACGCAAACCUGGACACUAGCAUACAGGGUAAUGCCUUGAACACGCAUGCUCAAGGAAAUUCUGCAGACUAG